AUGGGAGGAAAGAACAAGGUUAUUGAGCCUGAAGGUGAACAUGAAAAACAGGAUUCUGCAACAGAACUGACGCUUCCUUUGGAGAAACUGAACCUUGGACCACGGAAGAAGUUGCUUGUUAUGAACCUUAAUGGCUUACUGAUGUAUAGGGUUCAUCUUCGUGAUCUAUGGAAGGUAUCAAAGUCUCGUUCCCGUGACAGGGUCUAUGGAAGUUUUCUUGUUUUCAAGAGACCUUUUUGUGAAGAGUUUAUCAAGUUCUGUUUAGAAAGAUUUGAAGUUGGCAUUUGGUCUUCUGCAAAGGAACAUAACAUGGAUGGUGCAUUAGCCAUUGCCAUUGGAUCUAUAAGAAAAAAGAUCUCAUUUGUGUUGGAUCAAACUCAUUGUACUGAUUCUGGGUACAAAUCCUUGGAAAAACGUACCAAGCCACUUUUUUUCAAGGAAUUCAAUAAAAUGUGGGAAAAUGUCAAGAAAAGUGGGCCUUUUAAUGUGUCAAAUACUCUGCUAAUUGAUGACAAACCCUACAAAGCUUUUCUCAAUCCAGAUAAUACCGCAAUUUUCCCGGAAUCUUAUGAUGUGAAUGAUGUUACUGAUAGAGGACUUGAUCCAAGAGGUGAGCUGUGUUCGUAUUUGGAAGCUGUUGCUGAUGCUCGUGAUGUUCCUUCUUAUGUGAAAGAUCAUCCUUUUGGACAACUUCCUAUUACUUCUGCUCAUCCUCACUGGAAGUUUUAUUCUGAAGUCAAACAAUCUCUUCUCAAAGAACGUGCACCAAAGAUAGUUUAAGGAAUAAAGAAAUCAAGCACUUCAUC